UCACUCAACCCCAUUUUCUAAAACCCUCGUUCCUCCCCCAAAAGCUAUGCCGAGGUUUCCCCCAUCUCCGUCGCCCAACCUCCUCCAGAGACUCUUCUCCUCCUCCUCCAACAAACGCUCCUCCUCAUCCCCCACCGCCGCGCUCCUCUCCGGAGACUUCCACCUCCGCCGAUUCUCCUCCGGAAACGCCGCCCGCGCCGCGAAAGGCGAGAAGGAGCCAUGGUGGAAGGAGUCGAUGAACAAGGUCCGCAACAUCGGGAUCUCAGCUCACAUAGACUCGGGGAAAACCACGCUCACCGAGCGCGUGCUGUUCUACACGGGGCGGAUCCACGAGAUCCACGAAGUCAGAGGCAGAGACGGCGUCGGCGCUAAGAUGGACUCCAUGGACUUGGAGCGUGAGAAAGGUAUCACCAUCCAAUCCGCCGCCACCUACUGUACUUGGAAGGAUUACAAGGUUAAUAUCAUUGAUACUCCUGGUCACGUUGACUUCACAAUCGAAGUGGAGAGAGCCUUACGUGUACUAGACGGUGCGAUUCUAGUCCUGUGCAGUGUUGGUGGUGUGCAGAGUCAGUCUAUUACAGUAGACAGGCAAAUGAGGAGGUACGAGGUUCCGAGAGUGGCGUUUAUCAACAAGCUUGAUAGAAUGGGAGCUGAUCCAUGGAAAGUACUGAGCCAAGCAAGAGCUAAGCUCAGGCAUCAUAGUGCAGCUGUGCAAAUGCCUAUUGGUCUAGAAGAAAAUUUCAAGGGUCUUAUUGACCUUGUGCAUGUGAAAGCUCUUUUCUUCCAUGGAUCCAGCGGUGAGAAUGUUGUGGCUGGUGAUAUCCCUGCUGAUAUGGAAGACUUGGUUGCGGAGAAGAGGCGGGAAUUGAUAGAGACUGUCUCUGAAGUUGAUGACGUACUCGCUGAGAAGUUUCUAAAUGAUGAACCUGUUACUGCUGCUGAGCUUGAGGAAGCUAUUCGAAGAGCUACCAUUGCACAAAAGUUUGUUCCUGUAUUUAUGGGCAGUGCAUUCAAAAACAAGGGAGUACAACCUCUACUAGAUGGUGUUGUUAGCUAUCUUCCUUGUCCAACUGAAGUCAAUAACUAUGCUCUUGACCAGGAUAAUGAAGAAGCGAAGGUAACCUUGACCGGUUCUCCAGAUGGACCUCUUGUUGCGCUGGCUUUUAAACUAGAGGAGGGACGUUUUGGUCAGCUAACAUAUCUAAGAAUAUACGAAGGAGUGAUUAAGAAGGGUGAUUUUAUCAUAAAUGUUAAUACUAAAAAGAGAAUAAAGGUUCCACGCUUGGUCCGUAUGCAUUCUAAUGAUAUGGAGGAUAUUCAAGAGGCACAUGCUGGAGAAAUCGUAGCUGUGUUUGGUAUUGACUGUGCAUCAGGUCAUACAUUUACAGAUGGAUCAGUCAAGUACACAAUGACAUCGAUGAGUGUUCCUGAACCUGUUAUGUCCUUGGCUGUUCAACCAGUUUCAAAAGAUUCAGGUGGACAGUUCUCGAAAGCAUUGCAACGAUUCCAGAAAGAGGAUCCUACUUUCAGAGUGGGAUUGGAUCCCGACAGUAACCAGACGAUUAUUUCUGGUAUGGGGGAAUUGCAUUUGGAUAUUUAUGUUGAACGUAUGCGCAGAGAAUAUAAGGUUGAUGCGACUGUUGGCAAACCUCGUGUCAACUUCAGGGAGACUAUCACUCAGCGGGCUGAGUUCGAUUAUCUACACAAGAAGCAAAGUGGAGGAGCGGGUCAGUACGGUAGAGUUACCGGGUAUGUGGAACCUCUACCAUCGGACUCUAAAGAGAAGUUUGAGUUCGAAAACAUGAUUGUUGGACAAGCGAUUCCGUCUGGUUUUAUACCAGCAAUCGAGAAAGGUUUCAAAGAAGCUGCAAACUCGGGAUCACUAAUUGGUCAUCCGGUUGAGAACAUUCGGAUAGUAUUGACAGACGGAGCUUCACACGCAGUAGAUUCCAGUGAACUUGCGUUUAAAAUGGCUGCAAUAUACGCGUUCAGACUGUGUUACACAGCGGCUAAACCGGUGAUUCUAGAGCCUGUCAUGUUGGUUGAGUUGAAAGUACCAACAGAGUUUCAGGGCACUGUUGCUGGUGACCUCAACAAGAGGAAAGGUAUAAUCGUUGGAAACGAUCAAGAGGGUGAUGAUUCAGUAAUCCAAGCUCAUGUGCCUUUGAACAACAUGUUUGGCUAUUCCACAUCUCUUCGCUCCAUGACACAGGGAAAAGGAGAAUUUACGAUGGAAUACAAAGAACACUCUGCUGUGUCAAACGAUGUCCAAACUCAGCUUGUCAACGCCCACAACGCCACCAGACCAACUGAUUAGUUCCUCCAAUCGAUACCUAUGGUUUUGUCAUCUUUUAAUCGAUGAUUUGUUUUGUGUUUUUUCAUAGCUCAACAUUAUUUAUACGGUUCCUUCAUACAGGGAACAAAAUCACUCAGCAUAAAAUGUUAGUUCUUGAUAGGCUUUGUCAAAAAAGUCUAUUUUCAAGAUUACUGGGCUAUGAGCCCUUCAACCUUUUUGAUAUUAAUCCCGUCUCUUGGUCCACCAAUGACAUCCA